AAUGCAUAAAAGUUUUAUGCGCUGCCAUUUCAAAACGUUUUCGUCGCUUUCAUGUUUUACUUAAUCGCAAAUAGCGGAAAAAUACUUAAAAAAGGCAAAUUUGUGAAUUUCGCACAUUUUAUGCUUCUUCAAAGUCUAAGCUAAUCUAUAAAAUGUUGACUUGUGUUUGCCGUCCCGUCUCCGGAAAUCUACCAAAAAUGCCACCGAAUGUGCUACCAGCGCCCAAGUCGCGCCCAGCAACCACAAUGGUCGUGGUAACAGCGGAACCGAAAAUAAAUGUGCCUGGCAGGCUGACGUCAGCCGAAUUAAGGGCGAUGGCACUGCGACAGCAGCAACAAAUUGACACACAACAUCAACUGUUGGCUACGAAGGAGCAACGUUUGCGUUUUCUAAAAUCUCAAGAAGUCCGUAAUGCGGUAGCCGAAGGCGAACGUUUGCGACGUUUACGUGAACGCGUCGAAGCGCAGGAAUCCAAAUUGAGGCGUUUGCGUGCGCUACGAGGUCAAGUGGAUUUACAAAAGACUUACAAUGUUACACUGA